UGGCAUACGCUGUAUGCAAUGUUGUUUUAAAUUUAAUGUAAUUUUGAUCUAAUGCAAACCGUUCAAUAUUGAAUGUUAUAAUUAAUGAGAGUUUAGUCAACUGCGUUUUAUUUGAAACUAAUGGUUUUUCUAUCUACAUAAAGUUAAACGUGCACUGCAAAAAUUGAAGGAGUUUGGUGAAAACGUAAUUUGCAAUAUUAAUCCUAACUGCGUAUAGUAGGUGUUGCAUAUUUGUACGAAAUGGAAGAUCUGCCGAGCUCAAGCAGUUAUUCGUUGGAUUCAAGUAGCACAUCUAAGUCUAUAGUUAUUCCGAUUGGUCCAGAUUCACCUUAUUCUGGUGAUUUUGGUGAAUAUUUUUCUGAACAGUAUUCUGUUCUAAAGUUGGUUUUAUCUUAUCUAAACUAUUAUGAUCUUAAUACACUUCGGGAAGUCAACAGUUCAUUAAAGAUAGCUACUGAUAUACUAUUAAAAAAACGUACAUGGAUUCAAGCUGCUGCUCUAAAUUAUAUGCAUGGAACUGAUCAUCGACCAGAGCCUAUACACAGUGGACAUUUUAUUGAUUUAAGGAUUGAACCAAAAGUAUUGUUUACUUUUGAAGGUAUGGGUGGUGGACCUUCCUCUAGGUCCAGACCAAAAAUUUGUAUGCGUUUACGAGAUAGAAACGAUAACCGUUUCUUUCCCAAAAGUGACAUAGUGCCAAAAUCAGUUAAAAUAUUUGUACCGAUUGGUGCUAAAGGCAUUAUUUAUCCAGACAAAAAUGAAAAAAAUGAAUUAAUAACUGUUCAAACUAUGAUGCAUAAAAAGCUGGCACUUCUCUAUAUGCCUACUACUGACACUUAUGAUGUAAGUGUAUUUACACGUGUAGUUACAUCCGACUCAUUUACACCAGAACCAAUACAUGAAUUUUUUCAUAGUGAUCCACGCCCUAUAAAAGGAUUAAUAUUUUUGAAAGUCGGUGCACCAUAUAUUGAUGAAAUGAUGAGGUUUAUUGUGAAAAUGGUAUCUAACAAUCAGUCUGAACCAUUUGCAUUGUCUGGAGGACAUGUAUCAAGCUUAGAUUAUGAUAAUCCACCAAAAAAAAAUAUUCCUGGUGUUUUAAAGGCAAUUAUAUUUCGUGGAGAUGGUAUACGUUGUGUGUCAGAUUUCAUUAGUUCUACAACAGAUGAUGGAGUGCUUGAGGGAUUAAAACAUACUGCACAGUAUGUUAAUAAUACUCUUGGGAAAUUGAAUGUUCACAAGACAUUCAUAAUGAUGUUCCAGUGUGUAGAUAGACAUUCAUUGCCUAUUGAAGAUAAUGUUCAUAUUGCAAAAACAUUUCCAAAUAUACCAAUUUUUGGAAUGCAGACUUGGGGAGAAAUUGGAUUUAGGUCUUUUAUGACAGAUGAAUUUAAAUUUGCUCCUAAAAAGAGAAAGUUAUCUAUAAUGCAUUCAGUUAAAACUACAUACAUGAUUGUUUCAAUAGAUUAAUAA